ACCAUGGCCAACCCGCCGAAGAAGUCCGCGAAGCGGCCAGAGCCGGAGCUGUCGCCCAAGAUGUUCGUAGGCUGCAGCGCAGGCACAGCACCACUACCGCGCCGACGCCGCCCCCGCCGCAGGUCGUCCCGGCCCUACUGAUGGUCGUCAAGUUCUUCAAGCUCGACUUUUCGCUGUAUGUCCCGCAAUUACGAGCUGGGUACGCGUGCGCCGUGGCUCUAACCGUAUUAACGACAUUGAUGUGCGGCCAGCUCGCCCAGAAGAAGCAGGAGCCCGGCGAGGUCACGGUCAAGGAGAAGAACUACCAGAAUAUCACGGUGGAGAAGAAAUUUACCAUAGCUGAUUAUGAUCAAAGGGAGGCGGUGUCCAAAGUGCGGGCUUUAUGUUUUCAAGUGGCGAUGACGAGCUUCAUGCACUACAAGUGGGGGUCGCCGAUGCCCCUGUUGUUCCAGUGCGUCAUGCUGCCCAUGAAUCUGGCUGAUGAGCCCCUGGUGAAGAUUCACGUGUUUGGCGCGCCGGCCGAAGGGAAAUUGGCGCGGCCCUUCGCGAAGCCUCCCAAUCCUCUCGCCGAUGCUUUAGGAGUGAACCCCGAUGCGGAUGACGGCGCCGUCGCGCGGAAGCCUUCGAAGAAGGACGACUAG